UUUUUUUUUUUUGCUUUUUCCCAAAUAGAAAAGAGAACAUGGUGUUACAAUUAGCAGCACGUUCGUGUACUUUAAACCUUAGAAAAGCCAAUGUUACGCUCAGCAAACAUUUCCAUGUUUCAGCAAUAAGCAGACAACAACAAGAACAACAAAAGAAGCCUUUAUUCGGUCGCUUAGCCGAUAGCUGGAAUAACACAGAGACCAAAUGGUACCCUAUUCCCGUUGCACUUGGUUUGGGUGUUAUUGGAGCCAUUCAAUACCGCCGAGUCAGACAACGUGAAGAGAACAAGUUGGAAAAGCCUAAAUAUGUAGCUAACGGACCUUGGCAGGUUCAUGUUGCAGCUGCUUUACCUUUAAGAUCCAUGUCUCGAUUAUGGGGAACAUUCAACUCAUUGACAAUUCCCGAAGCUUUACGUCCCAUGGGUUACAAAUUAUAUAGUUGGUUCUUUGGCUGUAACUUGGAUGAAAUGAAAAAUCCUGAUCUUUAUGCAUAUCCUAACCUUUCUGCUUUCUUCUACCGUGAAUUGAAGGAAGGAGUUCGUCCCAUUGCCGAUGCUACCUUAGUCUCUCCUUCCGAUGGUAAAGUAUUGCAUUUUGGUGUGGUGCAAGGUGAGAAUAUCGAGCAAAUUAAGGGCGUCACAUACAACUUGGACGCAUUAUUGGGUAAUGAUGACAAAUCCAGUAUCCCUGUUGGCGAUGCUAUUCUCGGAAACUCACUGGAGAUUGUGGACGAAGAGGAAUUUGCCAACGUCAACGGUAUUGAGUAUUCUUUAGAAGAUAUGAUUAUCAAGGGCCAUGCUGUUAAGACCGAGUCACCCGUCGGCCCCGACGGUUUGGUUAGAUCAGAAAAGACGGAUCCCAAGGUUGAAAAGGCUCUUGUCAAAUUAGCUGAUGUCACACCUGAUAUCACAAAUGUGAAAGUAAAGCCUGGAAAUGCCAUGUUCUUUUGUGUGGUGUAUCUUGCACCUGGAGAUUAUCAUCGAUUCCACUCACCUACUAAUUGGGUCGUUCAAACCAGAAGACAUUUCGCCGGCGAACUCUUUUCCGUAUCACCAUAUUUCGUAAAGUUGUUGCAGAAUUUGUUUGUUUUGAAUGAAAGAGUUGCGCUUCUCGGUAAAUGGAAGCACGGUUUCUUUUCGAUGAUCCCCGUCGGUGCCACUAAUGUUGGAUCCAUCAAGAUCAAUUUCGAUGAAGCUUUAAAGACCAACCAAAAGGAAGAUAUUCCAUUAGGCACAUACACCGAAGUGACAUACAAAUCAGCCAGUAAAGUUUUGGGUGGUAAGGCAUUGAGAUAUGGUGAUGAAAUGGGUGGAUUUUAUCUUGGAUCUACUGUUGUUUUAGUAUUUGAAGCACCGAGCUCAUUCAAGUUCAACGUUACUGCCGGACAAAAGAUUAAAAUGGGUGAAGCUUUGGGUCAAAUCGAAUAAAAAAAAAUAUAACGCACAAGCACUUUUGUCCCACAUGUCUGUAAGUGAUCGACACGCGAGACUCCUAUAAUUUUUUUCUUUCCCUUGGUGUCUCCUUUAAUGUAAUCAUAAAAAUAAUCCCUUUAUUCCCUUCCCCUCUUUUCUUCUCUUUCUUUCUCUCUCUUUUUCUUUUUUUUUUUUAAUUUUUUAUUUAUUAUAUACGCAUCUAUAAAAAAAAUCAUAUUAAUAA